CUCCUUUUAAAAACAGAAAAGGCGUCGUCCUCUUUCACGCGCAUACGGUCUUUGGUGCGGAGCGUUUCACUGAAAGCAGAAACGGGAAAAAAAACAUCCCAUUUUCAGAAUUUCUAUACAUUCCCGCCAGAUUUCAAGCUAUUGAAGAAAUGGCUAACAAGCACACCAUUAUUCUGAUGCAGACAGCUCAAAACAGAGCAACUAGGACAUUUAUGGAUUAUGAGUCCAUUAGUCAGGCUAUGGAUGGAAUCUGUGGACUGUAUGAGAGGAAGCUUAAGGAGCUUAACCCAGCCAUCAGAAACAUCACUUAUGACAUCUCAGAUCUCUACAAUUUCAUUGAUGGUCUUGCAGACCUGAGUGCUCUGGUAUAUGAUCACUCGAUUCAGGCAUAUCUGCCAUAUGAUAGGCAGUGGAUCAAACAGCGGACGUUUCAGCACCUCAAGAGAUUGGCCACACAUUGAAUAAGGUAAGCAGCACCCACCCAUUACUACAUGGAUUUACACACGGCAUGUGAGUGAAUCAUAUACUAAAGGAGCUGGUGAUGAAGAUAGUAAAUAGUUAGAUCCCUGUCUGUGUGGGCUUUCCUCUUGUAUUUUGAGCCUAUGAGCACCAACAAAAUCACUGUUGUUUCUAGAACUUGCCCCUGGUCGUCCAUGGACGACAAUGGCGGCAUGCCCGUUUGAGAUGGAUUGUAUUCGAUUGGUAAAAGUAAUUGCAUAUUUGCUGUAUUUUGCAACUGUA